UGUGCUAGUUAGUCGCUGCUGGUGUAGUGGAGUGGAGAGUUUCACAUUAAAACACAAAUGCAAUAUGGUAACCAAAAUGGGAUGAAGCAAUUCAAAAUAUAAGGAAGAUAAGGUAAAGUGUUAUAUUAAUACCGUGAUAUACAGUGUUGUGAUAAACUGGGACUCGCGAGAGACGGUUCAAGUGGCAAGCAAAACAGCUGAUACAAGAGAGCCGCAAAGGCGCUCGGUUGACAACAAAGCUUCCGAUCACUUUUGCCCUCAUAUACCAUGAGCGGUCGCAGAGUAAACCUUCAGGACCUCACCCGCCUCUUGACUCAGGGGCGGCGUAGCCAGGACCAAUCCCAGGACCCGUCUUCCAGGGCAGAGGCUUCCGAAGUAGGAGGUCCCGGCAAUCAGGACGCGACCACCAGACCACCUGAAGCAGUCAUUUCACCUUCAGGAGAAAAUAUUGCCACGUUGAUGAGUCACACAGAAGACACACAGGAUGGAGCAUCGUCGACAGGAGAUUCUUCAGGAGAGUUCAGUCAGCCCAAACAGUUAGUGGAAGACACCAAAGGGUUCCCAGAAGGGGAUCCCACAAACGGCAACCUAACGGAGUUCGUUCACGAGGUUGAAUUUCAGCACAACACACUCCUGGGGAAGAUGCAGCUCCUGAGAGAGGCCCUGGCACAACAGCUUGCAUCCACAGAUGAGCGUGAGGAUGUUCAGAAGAAGACCUUUGCCAAGUGGAUUAACAGUCAGUUAGUUAAGGGGCAACAUCCACCAGUUACAGAUCUUUUUUACGACUUACGGGAUGGUACUCGACUUCUGGCAUUACUGGAGGUGCUUACUAAUAAAUCAUAUAAAAGAGAGAAGGGUCGAAUGCGCGUUCAUCACUUAAACAAUGUGAGCAGAGCACUAAACAUUCUUGAGGAACACAGUGUAAAGCUGGUCAACAUAUCUAAUGAACACAUCGUGGAUGGCUCAGCAAAGCUCACACUCGGAUUGGUGUGGGCAAUUAUUUUACACUGGCAGGUUCAAGGUGUUUUGAAAGAUGUGAUGUCUGACUUACAACAAACCAAUUUAGAGAAAACCUUACUAGCAUGGUGCAGACAGACUACGAAGGGGUACCAUGGAGUAGAUGUUCGAAAUUUCACAACUUCAUGGACAGAUGGUCUUGCCUUCAAUGCUCUUAUUCAUAGCCACCGUCCUCAGCUAUUUGACUGGACAGUGAUGGCAAGAAAACACCCAUAUGCUCGUCUGGAGAAUGCUUUUAGACUUGCUAAUGAGCAUUUGAAUAUUGAGAGACUUCUUGACCCUGAAGAUGUGAAUUCCCAAGUGCCUGAUAAGAAGUCAAUCAUGAUGUAUGUUAUGUGCUUGUUCCAAGCUCUUCCUCAUGGAUCUUUCACCAUGGAUAGUCUUGAUGUUUCUCUACAGUCAGAUUCUUCCUUCUCUAUUGAAGUAAGUUUUCCCCAUAAGAAAUAA